AACUUAUUAGCACAAGUGAUCAACGAUGCUAAGCAGGACAUUCCAGAAUUUGAGACAGACGAUGAUUUGACACCAGCAGACUUGAUGAAGUAUGGAAUUGUGAAAAUUAAACUGCCAAAAUCAGUGAUCAUCAAUAAUGAGUUGGCUGCGAAAGCCUUGAAUGAAACAUAUACUCCAUAUUCAUAUGAGGGGUCUGGUUCAAACAGUCUUGAAUACACUCAGAUUAAUUAUGAAAAUGCUGAGUGUGAAGAUGUACCAACUGAAUGGGUCCCAAUCGGACCAAUUCGUAAAAAUGAAGCUAGUGGAACUGCAUCUUACACGCAGUCAUGGUCAAUGGCAGUAUCCGGCACAGCUAGUAAUUCAUUCGAAGUGGCAAUGUGGUUUUUCGUUCCAAAGUUGCAAACCGGUGUCACUUACGGAAGUAGCAAUGGCGGCUCCAUAAGUUGUGAUAUUCCUCCCGGCGGAGAGCUACAGUUCCAGGUAAAUCCAAACUCUAUUAAGAUCACAGGAACAAGAGAAAGAACUUUACAAAUCGUCCGGAAUUAUUUGCGGACCAAAUUGAAGUUAGGGAACUACGUCCAGCGUUAUCCGAAAUAUAUUUCGGUCGGCCAUGAUGUCGAAACAGCAUGUGUUACCGAUCCAGAA